AUGUUACGAAGUGCAUCAAGGCUUUUACCUGUUAUAGCAUUAGCUUCUCAACCGAUUGAAAAAAUUUUAGAUAUGUGUGCAUUAAUACGCAAUAGUGGUAUAUUAGUAGCAAAUGACGCUAAUAAAGAUCGUGCGAAAGCAAUUAUUGCUCAUAUAUAUAUAUAUAUUAGGAUGAAUAAACAAUAUUCAUUAAAUAAUCAAUCGGUGAAAUUAGUUGAGACAGAUUUAGAAUUUGGCGUUAAAGGUUUUACCAAUUUCAAAGGCAGAACAUUUCAUCUAUUAAUGAAAUAUUCUCGUCAAUUUGAUACAUAUCUACAUAAUUUAGAUGGUUUCUUUGUUGCUAAAUUAAAAACAAAUAUUCAACUAAACGAGACAAUAAAAAAGGUUUCUGGAGAAAAAAAUAAAAACAAAAUGGAUGUCUUUGGUAUGAUAACACGUUUACCGUCAUUGGCUUUUGGUGCAUCACGUUGUGAUGAUAGUUUUGCCGAUCGACUAUCAUAUAAAUAUACAGUUUUUAUGCUUGCUCUUUUUGCUAUUGUUGUCACAAAUAAACAAUUUGGUACUAAGCAUAUACAAUGUUGGGUUCCUGCACAAUUUACAAAAAAUUAUGAGGAAUAUGUCAACGAUAUAUGUUGGGUAUCAAAUACAUAUUAUAUUCCUCUUGAACAAAAAGUACCAAAACUUGAGAUUGAAAGACGUCAAAAUGAAUUACGUUAUUAUCAAUGGAUACCAUUUAUCUUACUUCUUCAAGCAUUUUGUUUUUAUUUUCCACAUAUUAUUUGGCGUUCAUUAUCACGUCGUAGUGGUAUUGAUGUACGUGAUAUAGUUGAUGCAGCUAUUCAUUAUAAAUCAGUUGAUACAGCAACAAAAGAUGAUGAACAUAAAAAUGAAUUAAUGGAAUAUAUUGUUGAAACAAUUGAUAAAUAUGUUGAUGAUCCACGACGACAAACUAAUAAACGUAGUAAAUGUAUGAAUUUAAAAUAUAUAUUAAUGACAAUAUGUAUUUGUAUGGGAAAAUAUUUGGGUAAUUAUUUAAUUGUUGUUUAUUUUACAACAAAAGCAUUAUUUAUAAUCAAUGCUGUAUGUCAAAUAUUUUUAUUAAAUUUAUUUUUGGGACAAAAAUUUCAUUUAUUUGGAAUACAAGUACUUAAACGAAUUCUUCAAGGACAAGGUUGGGAUACACAAUCAAAAUAUUUUCCAAAAGUAACAUUAUGUGAUUUUCAAAUAAGAGAAACUUUGCAUCAAACUGAUUCACAUCGUUAUACUGUACAAUGUGUUCUUCCAUUAAAUUUAUUUUCUCAACAAAUUUUUACUUUUAUUUGGUUUUGGUAUAUGAUGGUUUUUAUAGUUUCAAUAUUUGAUGUUAUUGUUUGGGUAAUACGUUUUCUUCCUAAUAAACAAUAUAAUUAUAUAAAACGACGGUUACAAUUAAUGAGAUGUGAUAAUGAUUUUAAUAGUCAAUCACCUGAAUAUAUUAAAAGAUGGUAUAUGGAAUUUAUAUAUGGUUAUCUUGAACCCGAUGGUAUAUUUAUGCUUCGUUUAUUAUCAUCGAAUACAAGUGAUUUUGUUUGUACUGAAGUUAUUAAUCAAUUAUGGCAAUCAUUUUAUGCUAAAGAUUUAAAACGAUUAAAACAUACAUACAAACGUGACUUAGGUGGUGAACAAAUUACAUCAGAAAUAAAACGUGAAAUAUCAGAUUCUGUAGAUUCAUUGCAAGGUGAUGAUUCAAUACGACGUCGAAAUAUAAAUUUCUCAUCAAUUUCAACUCAAAAAUCCUCAAUAGAUAAAACAGAUAAUGGUUACGAAUCAUUAACAACAGGCAAAAAAUCUUCUUUUAUACCUCUAUUCGAAGAUGAUGUAUAA